AUGCCACGGCUAAGCAACGCCGCCGUGAUAACAACAAACGCAAUCCUCGCAUUGAUCGGCCUGGCCACCUUAUGUUUCUCUAUCUACCUCUUUGUGAAAGGCCCAACGGAAUGUCAACAGUUCAUCCAAAACCCUCUCAUCGUGACAGCAACUCUCCUCUUCUUCAUAUCUUCCUUAGGCCUCAUCGCGGCUCUCUACGACAACUACAUCAUCAUUACUCUCUACCUAUUCUUCCUCUUCCUCUCCCUUCUACUCAUCUUGGGCUUCUCCAUCUUCAUCUUUCUUGUAACUAAUGCCUCCGCGGGAAAAGCGUUUUCGGACAAGGGUAUAGGAAAGGCUAAGACCGGUGAUCUUCAAAACUGGAUAGGGAAUCAUUUUCUUCAAGGUAAGAACUGGGAAGGGAUUAAAAGAUGCAUGGCUGAUUCUACCAUUUGUAGGUUUGGUCCACGUGACGUCCACUUUGACGCCAAACAUCUCUCUCAUGUAAAGUUCGGAUGUUGUCGACCACCAGUAGAAUGUGGGUUCGAGCCAAAGAAUGUUACGUUUUGGACAGUUCCAGCGACAUCAAGUGCAGAGAUCACUGGGGACUGCAAGACGUGGAGUAACACACAGAGCCAGUUGUGUUAUGCUUGCGAGACGUGCAAGGUUGGAGUUUACAAAGGGGUAAGGAGAAGAUGGAGGAUUCUUCUCGUCUUCAAUCUUCUUCUUAUCCUUCUCGUUGUUCUUCUUUACUCAUGUGGCUGUUGUGUGAGGAAAAACAAUCGUGUCCCGUGGAAGCGCCGGUUCCUCUAA